GUACAGGACCACCACCAGGAUCCAGAGGAGUUCUAUGUUAAACAGGAUAGGAUCGGGAAGGGUUCAUUUGGAGAAGUAUACAAAGGCUUCGACAAACGUACCCAGAAGACUGUCGCCAUUAAGAUCAUAGAUUUGGAGAGCGCAGAGGAUGAGAUUGAGGAUAUUCAGCAGGAAAUACAGAUCCUUUCUCAGCUGGAUUCACCACACGUUACAAAAUAUCAUGGAUCAUUUCUCAAAGGCUCCAAUCUUUGGAUUGUUAUGGAAUACUGUUCUGGCGGUUCUUGUUCUGACCUGAUGAAACCUGGCGUGUUCCGCGAAGAGUACAUUGCUAUCAUUGUUCGUGAAUUACUUCGCGGACUUGAGUACCUGCAUACCGAAGGGAAAUUGCAUCGUGACAUCAAAGCUGCCAAUAUUUUACUUUCCGCUGGCGGCGAGGUGAAAUUGGCAGAUUUCGGUGUCUCUGGUCAAUUGUCAGGGACACUCUCAGCUAAGAAGAAUACGUUUGUUGGGACGCCAUACUGGAUGUCUCCUGAAGUGAUCAAACAGAGCGGGUAUGAUCACAAGGCCGAUAUUUGGAGUCUGGGUAUAACUGCAAUUGAAUUGGCAAAGGGCGAACCGCCAUACGCCGAACUUCAUCCAAUGAAGGUACUUUUCCUCAUUCCGAAGAACCCACCUCCAACGUUAGACGGAAAUUUCUCAAAGCCAUUCCGAGAGUUUGUGGCGUACUGUUUGCAACGAGACCCGAGAGAGCGACCUACAGCACGCGAGUUGUUGAAACAUAAAUUUGUGCGAAUGGCCAAGAAAACGUCAUACCUGACGGAACUGAUCGAGCGACACGAACGGUGGAAAGCUGAAGGCGGAGAAAGAGCAGAAGAGGACGACCGAGAUUCCGACCCUGAGAUGUACUUCUCGACAAUCUGGUCUUUUCCUUCUGUAAUUGACCCCUUCUUGGUAUAG